AUGGGAUGCACUGAUAAGGAACGUCUGGCAUGCGUGACUUAUCAACUGACAGGGCCUGCUGAGUUUUGGUGGGAAACUAAGAGGAGAACCAUGGACCCCGCUCGCCGUGAGGCACUUACUUGGGAAGAGUUUAAGGAGGAAGUGUACAACAAGUAUGUUCCCAUGAGUUAUCGGCGAUCGAAAGUAGUAGAGCGCCACACCUUAAAACAAGAAAACAUGACGGUCACGGAGUACGACCGCGCCCUAUGUGAGAUGACCCGUUAUGUGCCAGAAUUGGUGGACACAGACGAGAAGAUGGCGGCGAAGUUUCGUUCUGGCCUUAGACCCGAGAUAAGGGUAGCUGUGGCCAGCCGCAGGGGAAUUCCUUAUUCCGAGAUGUUGGGCUGCGCCUUAGAUGUGGAGGAAGCACUGCCCAAGAACGAGAGGGCAAUAAAUCCUACACCACCCGUACUCCCAUUGAACUAUCGAGACAAUAGGAAGUGGGAAGGAAACCGAGCUCCUUUUGACAACAAGCGACGUUUUUCCACUUUUCGGCACCCGCAGAACCAUGGCCGCCAAGUUGUGCCACAUCAGAGGGGAAACCCACAGAGAACACCCUACUGUAAUCAGUGCUCCAAGUAUCAUGUUGGGGAGUGCAGAGUUGGAGGCAUUCGGUGUUAUGCCUACGGUGGAAAUGGGCACAUGUCUCGAGAGUGCCCAAAUAACAACAAAGGUGGAGCGAAGAAUGGGCAAGGACAGAGGCCACCGCAACAGCCACAACCGAUCCGACAAGUGGCCCCACAACAAGCAAGGGCGUAUGCACUGAAAGGAAAUCAAGUGCAAGAGCAGCAGGCCAACAAGGGCAAGGAGAAUUUGGCAGAACUCGUUAUUGCUAAACUUGACUUGGGUUUGAGGGUGUCGUAA